AUGGUGCUUGCAAUUGUACGAGAAGCUGGUCAAAUUGUUUUAAAUGAUAAUGAAAAGUUAGACACAUGGUCUGUAGUACUUAAUGGGACUGUAGAGGUUAUUGAACCAGACGGUACAAUUCGUGAAUUAACACGUGGUGAUGCAUUUGGUGUUCGUCCUGGUAAAACAGAUCGUAUCCAUCAUGGUGUAAUGCGUACGUUGGAUACAAAUCUUAGUAUGAAUUUGAACAAAUCAUCUUGUGAAAACUCCAUUAUGUCCAGAAAAUGUCGAUUAGUUACAAAGGGAACACCAGAAAAACUCAUUGAACAUUUGAUCGCUGAUUUAUCAAAUAUGGAUAUCACAUAUCCAGAAGAUUUCCUACUUACAUAUCGUACAUUCUUAGAUUCUCCACGACCAAUUGUUGAUCGAUUAUUAUCGUGGCAUUUACAUAGUCCUAAAUUACGUUCACGUGUUAAUCGAAUUAUUUUACUAUGGGUUCACAAUCACUUUAAUGAUUUUGAAGAUAGUCAUGAAAUGAUGAAGUCUAUUGAGAAAUUUGAUAAUAUGCUGUCAUCAGAUGGUACAGCUGGUGAACGUCGUCUUUUUCGGUUGGCUUGCAGUACAAAAGCUCGUCCACGUCAUGUGGAAAUUAUAAUCCCACUGAAAGUUUCUCGAAAUUUUAAUGCAGAAAACAAACCUUCCAGAGGAGAACAGCAUUCAAGCAGUAACCACAAUAUCAGCUCUCUUAUUGAUCUACCAUUUACAAUGAUUGGCGGUGAAGAUGGAUUCGGUGUAUUUAUACAUCAAGUAUAUGGUCUAGUACCUAACAGUAGCUCAGAAGCACCAUUUGAUGUAGAUACCAAUCAGAAAUAUACUAACAGUACAUCAUUAUCAUCAUCAGCAUCUUCAUGUGAUUCAGGUUAUCCAUGUUCAUAUAUACUUCCAAAUUUUUCGUCUGCACAUAAUCAAAUACGUCGUGCUGAUCAGCUGUUAGCUGUAAACGGUCGAUCAGUGGAACAUUUAAAACCAAGCGAUGUUAUUCAAUUAAUACAUUCAGUGAUAAAUGCAUGUUGUUCUUUGGAUAGCAUUUCAACAUCAAUACUAGUAAUACAAUAA